CGAUCUGCAUUAUAAUCAAAGAUUGAUGCAAGGGUCGAUUCCAACGUAUUGCUCGCCAUCAAUCCUGGAACCUGCAUCAAGUACCGCGAAUCCAUAGUCUUUAUGGUCAUGGAAGUUUUAUGGAAGUCAGAACCCUGAAAGUUUGUUUUUGACAUCUGCGUCCUCAAUUAUGCCGCGGUGGGGGGACGAAGAGAGGACUGCCUCAUGCCCUGGGUGCCUCACUAUACUGGUGAAGCUUCUGCAAUUCUGCGGUCUGCGAGAUAAUGCUGGGUAUUCAGCUACUGGAUCACGCAGCGAAGAUGCAGAAAUCGUACAAGCAGGGGCAGCGGAGGGCACAUCACCCACCCCUUUACUAGCCAGCCGCAGUCCUGAUCAGAGGGGAGCUCUUCUGCCCAAGGGACGGCCAAGAGAGGGAGACUCACAGAGCACAUCUCAUGCCCUGAGAGAAGGAGCGAGGACUGAUGGCAGCAAGGAGGGCUUGCAUGGGCUACACAGCAAUCUCCAAGACGCCAAAAAGGGAAUCAAGGGCAGCAGGGCAGCUUCUGCUGCGUCCUUGGUAUCUGAGGAUGAGGAUAUCUGUUCAACCUGCUUAGAGGGCUACACUACAGAAAACCCGAAAAUCUGGACGAGUUGCCAGCACCAUUUCCAUUUGGCCUGCAUUUACGAAUGGCUGGAAAGGUCAGAAACCUGUCCCAUUUGUGCCACAAAGCUAUCCUUUGAGGAGCUCCUGUGAACGGCUUGUUGCUGACAAGGUUGAAAAUGUACAUGUACGUUAAUAAGUCUCAGAAUGGUAGCGACUGCCUGAAGUGAUUGCUCAGCAGGCUGUGGCUGCAAUCCCAACUGCCUGUCAUCUGACUCUAUUGCUGUAUUUUGUAUAAUAAAGGGACCCAGUUUGUGCGGCUCAUUUUAGGUGUAGAAAUGUAGGGUCUCUCAGUUUUUUGGAUCAUUGCUUUGCCAAUCGUCCCGGACUCCUAGUGGGGUCGAAUGAAUACUGGGAACAGGUACAUAUUUGGUGUGUACUUCUUAUGGACUGCUCAUCAGCCCUUUUAGAAUUCCCAGGCUUUCUAUUUUGCACGAUCUACUUAACAAUAUUUAUUGCAAUAGCAGCAUGCACUGCUGAUCUGGCAUUGAGAGGCAUGUCGGUUUGAUGCCGGUCAUGAGCAUUUGGCAGAGGGGUGAAGAACUCAGGGAUGGGCCCGUGUGAUGCCCACUGGGCUUGCAGUACAGCAAACAGUAUCUUUCUCAGUGUAUAUUUGGGACUGCAAAAGUGACACAGCAUAUGCAUAGGCUGCAGCAGCUUUUGAGGAUGCUGCCACUUGUAAUGAUAGCUCCAUGC